UAGAACCUCCGUACCCAAAAUUUCAAACAUCAGUUAAUCCCAUGAAUGCCCUUCUCCCCGCCAUUUCCCUUCCCUGUUUCUCAAAAUCCCAACAACCUUUCCCGCCAUUGAAACCAAAACCACCCAGCACCGCCUUCCCCUCCUCCUUUAAACCCCUAAAACACAGCAACAGCAACAAAACACAAACCCCGGAACUAAAAACAACUCAGAACUGCACUAAUAUCUCUUUGGCAUCUCCUUCUGAAGAGACCCUUCUAUCUAAUGACUGGCCUCAGCUCCUAAAAAUCUCAAUUGGGUCUAAAGAUUUCUUGCUAGGCAAGGCAAUCCAUGCCUACUUAGUAAAAAUAGCCUCCCAAAAUGACCCAUUUGAAGGCAAUAAUCUUAUUAAUCUGUAUGCGAAAUUUAACAGAUUGGAUCUGGCAUGGAAGGUGUUUGAUGAAAUGCUUAUUAGAAACACUAUUACUUGGACUUCACUAAUAAAAGGUUGUCUAGAGAAUGAAGAUUUUGUGUCUGGGUUUAGUGUUGUUUGUGAUAUGUGUGAAUUUGGAGAGAAGUUCAAUGAGCAUACUUGCGUGGUGAUUUUACAGGCCUGUAGCGAGAUAGGGGAUGUGGUAUUAGGGAAACAAAUUCAUGGUUUUGUAAUAAAAAGUGGCUUUGAGGAGAAUGUUUUUGUUAGCACUUCAUUGAUUUCUAUGUACUCGAGAAGCAGGAACUUUGAUGAGGCAGAGAAAGUGUUUAAUGGUGUGGGUUGUAAAGAUCUUCGGUGUUUAAAUUGUAUGAUUUUGGAAUAUGGAAAGGCUGGAUAUGAGAAGAGGGCUAUUGGGGUUUUUAUAUAUCUGAUAAGUAUUGGUUUGGAUCCUAAUGAUUAUACUUUCACUAACAUAAUUAGUACUUGCAAUGUAGAGGAGGGUAAGCAACUACAUGGGCUUGCCGUAAAGUAUGGUGUUUUGCUUCAAACUUCGGUGGCAAAUGCAGUUAUUACUAUGUAUGGGAAAAUUGGAAUGGUCGAGGAGGCAGCAAGAAUGUUUUCUGUGAUGAAUAAGAAGAAUUUGAUUUCUUGGACUGCCUUAAUAUCAGGCUACACAAGGAAUGGAUAUGGUGAAAAGGCUGUUGAUGGUUUUCUGGAAUUGCGUGGUUGUGGUGUUGAAUGUGAUUCUGGUUUGUUAGCUACAAUUCUUGAUGGCUGCUCAGAAUGCAAAAACUUGGAAUUGGGAACUCAAAUUCAUGGAUUAGUGAUCAAGCUUGGUUAUCCCUGUGAUCUUUAUAUUGGGACUGCUUUAAUAGAUUUAUAUGCCAAAUGCAAGAACUUGCAGGCUGCAAGAACAGUUUUUAAUGGGCUUUCCCCAAGGAGUACUGCUUCUUUCAAUGCCAUUCUAGUGGGAUUUAUUGAGAAUGAUAGCAACGAAGAAGAUCCCAUGGUUUUUCUUAGUCAGUUGAGACUGGCUGGUAUUAAACCAGAUUCAGUGAGUUUUUCACGGCUUCUAUGUUUAUCUGCCAAUCGAGCUUCUUUAGUAAAAGGGAGAGGUCUCCAUGCAUAUUCUAUUAAAACAGGAUUUGCAGGUGAUAUUUCAGUAUCCAAUGCUUUAAUUACCAUGUAUGCCAAAUGUGGAGUUGUUGAAGAUGCUUAUCAAGCAUUUAAUUCAAUGAGCGCUAACGAUUGCAUAUCUUGGAAUGCCAUAAUCUCGGCUUACUCUCUUCAUGGUCAAGGUGAAAAGGCCUUAUUGCUAUAUCAAGAGAUGGAGGAGAAAGGGUUUACUCCUGAUGAGAUCACGAUAUUGGUUAUCCUUCAAGCUUGCACUUAUUCGGGUUUGUCUGAAGAUGGAUUACACCUAUUCAACACAAUGGAAUCAAAAUAUGGGAUUCAGCCAUUGCUUGAGCACUAUGCCUGUAUGGUUGAUCUUUUGGGCCGGGCUGGCUAUUUAUCACAAGCCAUGGAUAUUAUUAACAGAAGUCCCUUUUCAGAGUCAACUUUGCUCUGGAGAGCUUUGGUCAAUGUGUGUAAGUUGCACGGGGAUCUGAAUCUUGGCAAGUUAGCUUCAAAACAUUUACUUGAUUUGUCACCUGAUGAGGCAGGUUCUUAUGUACUUGUUUCAAAUAUGUAUGCUGGUGAAGGAAUGAUAGAUGAGGCAUCGAAGGUUAGAACAACUAUGAAAGACUUGAAGUUGAGUAAAGAAGCAGGCAGUAGCUGGGUUGAGAUUGAUAACAUGGUCCAUCAUUUCGUGGCAAGUGGCACAGACCAUCCAGAAAGUAUAGAAAUUUAUGCAAGAUUGGAUCUAUUAAGGAAUGAAAUGAGAGGGACAUAUGAUAACAAAGCUGAUCUCAAUCUAAUUUAAGAAUUCGUGUGACUACAAAAAAACAGAAUCAUCUCACUUGUAGAGUUCUCUUUAUUCAUUGGGGUCGGUAUCAGUUUGGCAUCUGCCCUUAAAUUACUACAUUGCAUACAUGAAGCAGUUACAGAAUGCUGCACCUAUAAAUCAAGAGUUCAAAUUGUGGAGAAAGACGAGAACAUGCUAGAUGUUAUCACCGAUGGACCUCCCCCGACUAUAACCAUUGUCAUUCUUGCCUCGACUGGAUUAAGAGAUGCUGGAUUUAUUCUGACUCACAUUUUGCUGCAAUUUUUUUUUUCUUGGUAGAAAAAAACUUGAUCCAGCGGUUCCAGUUUUUUUUACUGUAAUUACACUGACAUUUUAAUUCAGGUGUAAGGAAAGCAAAUCUACUGGAAUUUUCA